AAAUAAUGUCAUUGUCAGUCAGUUGUAUCAAAAAAGUUGAGGUUAUCUUUAUAUUGUUUGUAGUGUGCACUUUAUUUAUAGUUUCUGUCGUUCUUGCUUUUAAACGAAAUAAGCAAACAACUUACCUACUAAGUAUAAAUGAACAAUGGGUACUAGGAUACUACAAAGAAUAAUUAUUCCUGCAGUGAACUGCUUAAGAACCAAUCAUCAUAAUGUUUUAAGUCAUAACGAAAGAGCAAUUUACGCAAAUGUGGCAAAUUUUACAGUAGUAAGAAAUUAUGCUAAGAGCAAAGAUAAAGGGAAAGACAAGAAGGGUAAAGGAGGUAAAGUAGAGGUUAACGUUGCGGCAAUAUCCGAGGUUGUGCCUGUGGAUAAGAUGAAAGAAAGGUGCAAUGCAGCUAUCGAGAGAAUGAAGGCAGAUUUUGCCAAGAAUUUAUCUUUGCGUUCUACCACAGGCUCUAUGGAAUCAUUGAGAGUAAAAUUUGAAGGCAAAGAUUAUGAAUUACAGGAACUUGCUCAAAUUGUCCGCAAAAAUCCUAAAACUAUAGUAAUCAACUUUGCUUCCUUUCCUCAAGCUAUACCAAAUGCAUUAAAGGCCUUACAAAGCUCUGGCCUCAAUUUGAAUCCUCAGCAAGAUGGCACCACAUUGUAUGUUCCAGUACCUAAAGUCACAAAAGAACACCGAGAGGCACUGGCAAAGAAUGCCAAGGCGCUGUACAUAAAAUGUAGAGAUUCAGUAAAGGAUGUUCAAGCAGACUUUAUUAAAAAGGUUAAAAAACAAAGCAGUGUAUCUGAAGAUGUAGCAUUUAAUGUAUCUAAGCAAAUCAAUGCAAUUUGUGAAGAAUAUCAGAAUGAAGCUAAGCACAUUUAUGAUGUGAAACAUAAUGAGUUAGUAGGAAAUUAGAAAAACAUACUCCAACAAGGAACUCCAAUUAAAAUGAGUCUUGUUAGCAUUUAAAUCUAAUGGUUGUUAGUAAUGAUUUGAAAAUAAAUAAACUAGAUAUAA